UCUCUGGAGAAGAAAAGACAAAAAAACUACCAUCUCUGGUAAUCUGUAUCAUUGCAUUUCUAGUCUCCAUGGAAACCUAUGUGGUGCUCCACAGUUGGGUAAGAUUUGAAUCUGUUGCAGCAGAAAUCUGAUGAAGGGAAGACUGGAUUCUGCACCUUGACUGUUAAUCAGUUAAAAGUGGUUUUAAAAUUAUUUUCAUUUUGUGUUGCAAUCUUGACUUAGAGUAACAAUAGAAUAAAUCAGAGUAAUCAAAUUAAGUUAGUGUGACCUGAUCCUAUGUACACCAAUGCAUGUAAUUCCGCCACUCAGUUUGAUUCUGAUAGGCAUUGACAUUGAUUUGGAAGAAUUCUUUUUUUUAGUAGGAUUAUAAGGAUUAAUACUAUGGAAACUGAAAGCAUAAUAGAAAACUGUUGCCACAUUGACUCUAAUAAAAAUCUUUCUGGAGAUGUAGUAACAAUCACCUCGUUGUGAUUCAUGUAAGCAAAACAUUUUGAAAAUCAAGAAUCUUAAUUCCUUAUCUUUUGCUGUCUUAAUUCUUGUUCUUCCACUGCUAAGGAAGAAAUACAUCCCCAAACUGGUUUCUUCUGAGAAGAUGUGGUAACUUCAUCUACCUGCUGCUUCAGGAUUUCACUUCUUUACUCCAAGCUUUAUGAAGUUGAACAGAGAGGCACAUCAUCUUCCUGGGACAGCAGAAGGUGACACAGAGAAGUAAUAUACAGAGAGAGACCAGUCAUUUUUGUGACUACAGUCAACCCAUGAGGAGUGAGGGCUCUCAGCCAUCUAAAAGUAUUUACUGCAUUUGCUUCAGAAUACUGUGGAGAAAAUGUAUGCUAGUCGAGAGGAUAUUGGAUAUGAUUUUGGAGAGGACUCAAAAGUUGGAAGUAAGCCAACUAAACCUAAUCCAAACAUUGAUGGAGGAUGGGCUUGGAUGAUUGUACUUUCCUCUUUCCUUGUGCACAUACUCAUAAUGGGUUCUCAAAUGGCCCUUGGAAUACUCAACAUGGAAUGGCUUGAAGAGUUUAAUCAAAGUCGUGGCUUAACAGCGUGGAUUAGCUCCCUCAGCAUGGGCAUCACGCUUAUUGUAGGUCCUUUUAUUGGUUUAUUCAUCAGCAUGUGUGGGUGCCGCAUGACAGCCAUAAUUGGAGGGGUACUGAAUGCCCUGGGUUGGAUACUGAGUGCCUAUGCCUCAAAUGUGCACUACCUCUUCCUCACCUUUGGAGUGACAGCUGGAAUUGGAAGUGGCAUGGUUUAUCUGCCUGCAGUGGUCAUGGUAGGGCAGUAUUUUCAGAAGAGAAGAGCACUUGCACAAGGGCUCAGUACCACAGGAACAGGGUUUGGAACUUUCCUAAUGACUGCCUUACUGAAGUACCUCUGUGCUGAAUUUGGGUGGAGGAAUGCCAUGUUCAUCCAGGGGGCUAUCUCCCUGAACCUUUGUGUCUGCGGGGCACUUAUGAGACCACUCUCUCCCAAAGACCUCCGUGAAAAAUACGUGGUGAGAAGUGAUAGUGAAGAAAACCGGACAAAAGCUCUGUCCCAUUCUACAGAGACUAUAAAAUCCAAUGGAGUCCUUGGUGAAGAACCAGAGAAAAAAGAAGAGGCAGCAAAUGAAGAAGUGCUUGGCAGUGUGCAGCACAUAGAAAUUGGAGGUAAAUCUGGAAGUGGAAGGAGCAUGUAUGGACUGCGCCUCUUUAAGACAGUGAGCCAGCUGACAGUUACAGUCAGGAAGGGCUUUGCGCUCUGGUACUCCAGCUACUUUGGAGCUGCAUCACUGUUUACUAAUAGAGUAUUCGUGGCCUUUAUCAUUUGGGCUUUGUUUGCCUAUAGCAGUUUUGUCAUUCCCUUUAUUCACCUUCCAGAAAUAGUCAAGCAGUACAACUUAUCUAGGCAGGACAAUGUAUUUCCUUUGACAUCCAUUAUAGCCAUUGUUCAUAUUUUCGGUAAAGUGAUCCUUGGAAUCAUCUCUGAUCUCCCGUGCAUCAGCACAUGGAAUGUCUUCCUCAUGGCUAACUUUACCCUAGUCAUCUGCAUUCUUACUUUGCCACUAAUGCAGACAUACGUUGGCCUGGCUGUGGUUUGUGCUCUAAUAGGAUUUUCUAGUGGCUAUUUUUCUCUAAUGCCUGUUGUGACUGAAGAUUUAGUUGGAACUAAACACCUUGCAAAUGCCUAUGGCAUCAUCAUUUGUGCCAAUGGAAUAUCUGCUUUGUUUGGACCACCCUUCGCAGGUUGGAUCUAUGACAUCACACAAAAAUACGAUUUUUCUUUUUACAUAGCUGGAUUGCUAUACAUGGUGGGAAUAAUAUUUUUACUUAUACAACCUUGUAUUGAAAAGAAACAGCCAAGAGAAAAAUCUACAGAAGAAGCACAAGUAUAGAACAAAUUCCAGAAGUUUUUUUUACAGAACUUUCUUGUUUUCAUGUUUCUCUUGUGUGACAGUAUGAUGUUUUUCUUAUAGAACCUACCACAUUUAGCUGCACUUAAGUGAAAAGCAAAUGUGCUCCACAAUGCUUAUAAAUUAUUGGAAAUAUGCUUUUAAAAUUAGUUAAGAUAUUUUACUUUAGAACUACCAAAUACAAUGAUUAAAAACACACUACUAGUAUUUUAAUAUUAGAACAAUGCUAGGAACCCUUACCCUUGCUUCUCUUUUAACUUUUCACCAUUAAGCAUUGGUGAAAAUCCGUUGACUGCAGUGCAGUUACUCUGAUUUACACUAGUCCUAUGAGAGAAUUUGGUCAGGACAUGAAUGAUUUAUGAAACUCUUUUCUACUAUGUAUCCAGUCUGAUGAAAGAUUAGGUACUGAGUAUAAGAAAAUGAUUGUAUUUCUUGCCUGGCUAGUCAAGUACUGUUGUAAUGCUAUUAUAAUAAUUCCAUUAAUUCAGCAUACGAAAAUUACUAUUUCUGUGAUGCAAAUCUGAAGAAAAGUUCUCAUCUAUUUCUGAAGUGAUUCAGUUGGACUCAAUAGGUCCCUCCCAACCCAGUAUAUUCUGUGAUUCUACUUCAAUG